AUGGGCGUCGAAGACAAGCGGUCCGCCGACCCUCACUUCGUGAGCGAGGCCAUCGUGGAGAAGCCUCUCGACUACGACUCCGAGUCGUCAGGCGCAGCCCCCCAGAAUGGCACCCUGAAGCGUCAGCUCAAGAACAGGCACAUUGCCAUGAUCAGUAUCGGUGGUGUCAUCGGUACUGGUCUCUUCUUGGGCAGCGGGUCCGCUCUCGCAAAGGGAGGGCCCAUCGGUCUCCUCCUCGGCUACCUCACGGUCGGCACGGUCUGUUUCUCGGUCAUGAUCUCGCUUGGCGAAAUGAUCGCGUACUUGCCGCUCCCUGGUGGUCACAUCAAACUGGCUGAGCGUUUCGUCGACCCUGCGUUCUCCUUCACUAUGGGCUGGAAUUAUUGGUACAACUGGACGAUCAUUCUCCCCGCUGAGCUCUCUGCCGCUGCGGUUCUCAUCAACUUCUGGAACAAGUCUGUCAACAACGCCGUGUGGAUUACCAUGUGUCUUGCCGUCGUCGUCGGCAUCAACCUUUUCGGUGCUGGUGCUUACGGCGAGGCCGAGUUUAUCUUUGCCUCGAUCAAGGUUAUAACUAUCGUCGCUCUCAUUAUCAUGGGCAUCGUGCUCGACCUCGGAGGAGGUCCCAACCACGAUCGCCUCGGCUUCCGUUACUGGAAGAACCCCGGUCCGUUUGUCCAGUUCGAUGGCAUUGGGGGCGCCAAGGGACAGUUCCUUGGUUGGGUCGCUGUCUUGACCCAGUCUGCCUUCUCCUUCAUUGGGACUGAGAUUGUGGCUAUCGCUGCUGGUGAGGCCAAGAACCCUCGCCGCAACCUGCCGAAGGCGAUCAAGCGCGUCUACAUCCGUAUUCUGCUCUUCUACAUCGGUGGUGUCACUGUCAUCGGCCUGCUCGUUCCUUCCAACAACCCCGACCUCAACCUGAACACGUCCAACGCCGCCGGGUCGCCUUUCGUCAUUGCCAUCAAGACUGCAGGGAUCAGCGGUCUCCCGUCGGUCAUCAACGCCGCUCUUCUCACCUCGGCUUGGUCUGCUGCCUCCUCUGACCUAUACACCUCGUCGCGCGCCCUCUACGGCCUUGCCCUCUCUGGGAAUGCGCCCAAGAUCUUUACCAAGGUCACGAGAAACGGUCUCCCCAUCGUCUCGCUCCUGUUCUGCGCGAUGUUCGCUGUUCUCGCCUACAUGAGUGUGUCGUCGGGUGCUGGUACCGUAUUCAACUGGUUCGUCAACAUGACCUCGAUUGCUGGUCUGAUGACCUGGUUUGGCAUCUGUGUGACGUACGUCCGCUUCUACCACGGUUUCAAGGCCCAGGGCUUCGAUCGCAAGACUCUGCCCUACGCGCACUUCCUCCAGCCCUACGCUGCCUACUGGGCCAUCUUCUGGUGCCUCCUGAUCUGCUUCUUCUCGGGUUGGGCUGUCUUCCUCAAGGGCCAUUGGGCGACGGACACGUUCGUCACGAACUACCUCCCCUUCGCCCUUUUCCCCAUCCUCUACGUUGGCGCGAAGUUCUGGUUCCGCACGCCGAUGGUCAAGUACGAGGACAUGGACUUCAUCUCCGGUCUCAAGGAGAUCGAGGCCGACACUUACGACGAGCCCCCUCCGCGCAACGCGCUGGAGCGCUUCUGGGGCUGGCUCAUGUAA